GUCCUGAAGCUUAAUGGUGGCGAGGCUUUGUAUGUGCUUGUUUAUCACAGUAAAACCGCCGCUGUGCCGACAGACCUGGCACCUAAUCUGCAUGUUCAGUCGCGUCUCACUGACCGGCGAGUUGAAGCUAAUGUUUUCUACUUUACUUUCGCGUUUCAAACCCGCAGGUGAAAUAUGGCUCGUACCAAGCAGACCGCUCGUAAAUCCACCGGAGGAAAAGCCCCCAGGAAGCAGCUGGCCACCAAAGCUGCCAGGAAAAGCGCGCCCUCCACUGGCGGCGUGAAGAAGCCCCACAGAUACAGGCCUGGAACCGUUGCUCUGCGUGAGAUCCGUCGGUACCAGAAGUCCACUGAGCUGCUCAUCAGGAAGCUGCCUUUCCAGCGUCUCGUCAGGGAGAUCGCCCAGGAUUUCAAGACAGAUCUGCGUUUCCAGAGUGCAGCUAUUGGCGCUCUGCAGGAAGCCAGUGAGGCAUACUUGGUUGGACUGUUUGAGGACACCAACCUGUGCGCCAUUCACGCAAAGAGGGUCACCAUCAUGCCCAAGGACAUUCAGCUGGCCAGGCGAAUUAGAGGAGAGCGUGCCUAAAUGAAUGAAUUUUAUCUUUUUAGUCAGGGAGGGGCGGGUGGGAAUGACGGGGGUUUGUUUUGUAAAUCUUGAACUAUUACCAGCAUGUGUGCCACCUAAUUUGUCAUUUGUAGUUUCUGGCAUUUUUUUUUUUUUUUGUACUUCAUUUGUCAUUUCUCUCUCUCAACUGUCCUAUUCACUGUAGACUAGAGCUUGAUAUAUGUAAAUUCUGAAUCAAAAUAUUCCACUGCCUUUCUCAGGUUUGCAAAUCUAUUUUAGAAUCUGUACCUUUUAAUCCUGUGUGUGCAUGUCAUAGGAUUUCUUGUUGUGCUGUAAAUAAACUUUCCGCUACCUCAA